AUGGACGCCCCGCCGCGCCCGCCGUGCCCCGCGCCGCCCGCCGUCCCGCGCCACCCGCCGCCCGGGCCCCAGCCUGGCCCUGCCACGGGCGACGUCCUGCAGCAGAUCAUGGCUAUCACCGACCAGAGCCUGGACGAGGCGCAGGCCAGAAAGCAUGCUUUGAAUUGUCAUCGGAUGAAGCCUGCACUCUUCAGUGUGCUCUGUGAGAUCAAGGAAAAGACAGUGUUAAGCGUUCGUGGCAUUCAGGAAGAGGACCCGCCGGACGCUCAGCUCAUGAGACUAGAUAACAUGCUGCUGGCUGAGGGCGUCUCCAGGCCGGAGAGGAGAGAAAGAAGAGGACCGGUGGUGGCCGGCACAGCGACACCAGGUGGCUGUCCAAAUGACAAUAGCAUUGAGCACUCUGACUACAGGGCCAAGCUGUCCCAGAUCCGACAGAUAUACCACUCUGAGCUAGAGAAAUAUGAACAGGCCUGCCGAGAGUUCACCACGCAUGUCACCAACCUCCUCCGAGAACAGAGCAGGAUGCGACCCGUCUCCCCCAAGGAGAUCGAGCGCAUGGUCGGCAUCAUCCACAGCAAGUUCAGCGCCAUUCAAAUGCAGCUGAAGCAGAGUACCUGUGAGGCCGUGAUGACCCUGCGCUCACGGUUCCUGGAUGCCAGGCGUAAGCGACGGAAUUUCAGCAAACAGGCCACAGAAGUGCUGAAUGAGUAUUUUUAUUCUCAUUUGAGCAACCCUUAUCCCAGUGAAGAAGCCAAAGAAGAGUUGGCCAGAAAGGGUGGCAUCACAGUCUCCCAGGUCUCCAAUUGGUUUGGCAACAAAAGAAUCCGGUAUAAAAAGAACAUGGGGAAGUUUCAAGAAGAGGCUAGCAUUUACGUGUCUAAAACAACAGUGGAUGUCACCAAAGUCGGGAUCCCAGGACACCAAGCCAGUUGCCCCUUAACACCCAACUCUGGCUCCUCUGGCUCCUUCUCGCUGACCAGUACUGGGGAUGCCUUUGUGAGCCUGCAGGCACUGGCCUCCGACCAGCCCCUCAAGAUGGGACCCAGCUCACAGUCACAGGCCAGGGGCAGCUGGCAAGGGGCCACGCCCCCACUGUCUAUCACGUCACCUGCUGGAGACCCAGGAAGUACCCACUCGGACGCAUCCAAUUAA